UUUCUGCAGACACUGAAGGACCAAAGUGCGACCUACCAUGGGAAAAGCUCCACAGGACAUGUGUACAGUUCAUGAAAGCGAAGCCAUUUUUAACUUGGCAAAAAGCUCGCGAUUCCUGUAUUAGUAUGAAUGCUGACAUUCUCAGUGUUAACGACAAAGAGGAAAAUAGAAAGUUGAAACCUUUAGUGAGGAGACAUGUGCGUAGUAGGGACUUACUCUAUUGGUGGAUUGGAAUACGUGAAGUUGGGCACUCCUGGCUGUGGGUGGAUAAUGACGAGCAAUAUGCAAACAUACCUGAAUGGGCCGCUGGUCAAGGUCGUUUUCACACAGGAAGAUGCGGACUUUAUAGUUUCAGGGGAACUCUGGAAAAUGUGGAAUGUGAACUAGAGAAACCUUACAUAUGUGAACAAUUUAAAGUGACGACUGAUUCAACGACCUUAACAACAACAGGAAAGGCCACUUCAGCCUCAACCGAUAAACAAACUCCAAACCCAACUAGAGGAUCAUACACUACAAUCGCCAUUAGCAAAGAGCCUCUAACAGACAGAAUAACUGGUAUUUUAACCAAAUUUAUAUUUUUAAGUUUACAUAUUAAUGCUGGAAAGGUCAAAAUAUCCCACCUUUUAGCAUAUAUAAAUAAAUCAGAUACAGUUUUAUUAAGUUGCCAAUCAACCAUUGAUAGAAAUAUAUGAUUUUAACCUUUGUUGUAAAUAUAUACAAUUAUCCUUGAGAUAAACAGUGUAUUUCAACCACUUUAUAGAUAUAUGUAGAUAUAUACAUUGUAUGUAUUAUAUGCUUUUAUGUGAAAAGUGAAAUUCUUUAUUCAUCAUUUUCAUGGUGAAAUUAUCAAAAAAUAGUUUAUCUGUAAGCAAACUAUAUUUGAAUGCGGAUGAAAAUAAUAUGAAUGGAAAUUUGACAGAAAUACACUCCAACGUUAGUAAAAUAUAUGCAUGAUUACGGAAAACCAUUUUCAAGUUCUAAUGUCAAAAUCUUCGAGCUUUUUGUAAAAGAUAUAUGCCAAGUCCAACGUCAUUUGAAGUUUUAUAGCGCGCGAGAAUUGGAAUGUGGAGGGCAGAAAACGGAAAAUUGACAGUUCGUUGAGAAAUAAAAACCCAGUAAGUUAUCAGUUUCUUCGGUUUUUUAAUUUCUUUUAUCAUUUCCGUGCAAUACAUUUUGUCCAUAUUGAUAUUUUCAUGAUGGUUUGCUUUGUUAGAUAAUGGAAGAUUUAGGAAAAUUCGUAAUUACUAUUUUAGAUGUAGAACUAAAGCUACUUACUCACAAAAUGCCAUUACCAAGCAGCUACAAAUUUAUGGAAACAGAUUGACAGAAAACACCCUAUUCAUUGAGUCUGACUUACAGCUAGCAUCACAUUAAUUCAGUAUAAUUGACAAAUUGCACAAAAUUUAGAGAGAAUAAUUGACAGAUUGAACUACAUCUUUGAAUGAUUAUUCUAAUUGUGAAAAAAUGACCCAAAAUUGAAAAGUGUGGCAAUGCUUUUCACUUAAAUCAGACUAAGAAUAGCAUAGAAAUGUUUUUUAAAGUAUAUUUUCUAAUUAUAUCUUGAAUAGUUUUCUUUUAAAAGUGCCCCAGCUCACAUUUGUAAGAAUUUGCAAUUUUAUGUUUUUAAGCUUUUGCACCUCAAUGGAGUUUCUUUAAAAAUCAUUGUAAGCAUGACAGGUACAUUGUUAUGUUAAUUGUUAUGGGUCUUGUUAUAGGGUUGUUAUGCUUAAAACUACGAAAGCACGUGUCCAUCAAUAGAGGCAUUCGGGAUAUAUCUUGGCCACGUUCUGAGCCUGGACAACAAUUGACAGUUCUAUGUGAUAAAGGUGAGACUAUGCAUGUACAAACAUAUACUAGUAACACUUAAGAGCAAUGUUCACCACCGUAUUUAACUUUAUAUAUACAUUUUAUGAAAAAAAACAUGUAAACAUUCUUUCAAGGCUAUGAUAAAAUAUGAAAUUUAUAAGACCAUUUAUCAUAAUUAUACAAAAGGACAUCACAUGAUUAAGAAGUAAAGUUACCAUGUUGAUUUAUAAAAAUAA